AUGUUGAACAGUAAGAUUCGGAGGAGGAGGAGGAGAAGAAGAGUGUAGCGGGUGCCUGAAGUACCUGCUUCGUUUGUGUUCUCGGUUUAAUCUCUAAUUUACAGGAUGGCACAGUGGGGUGCCAUAUUCUCAAUUAUUGUUGCUCUUGGAGGAGCAGCACUCUUGGCCUCCGUACAUAAGAUCGAUGAGGGACACACUGGAGUUUACUACAGGGGAGGGGCUCUCCUGACUAUCACCAGCGGCCCUGGUUUCCAUCUUAUGCUUCCAUUUAUCACAACCUACAAGUCUGUUCAGACGACGCUGCAGACAGAUGAGGUGAAGAAUGUACCAUGUGGCACAGGUGGAGGAGUGAUGAUUUACUUCGACCGCAUAGAAGUGGUGAACUAUCUCGUUCCAUCGGCAGUGUACGACAUAGUGAGGAACUUCACCGCAGACUACGAUAAAGCUCUGAUUUUCAACAAGGUGCACCAUGAGCUCAACCAGUUCUGCAGUGUUCACUCGCUGCAGGAGGUCUACAUCGGCCUGUUUGACCAAAUUGAUGAAAACCUGAAGUUGACGCUACAAGAGGAUCUAACAUCCAUGGCACCUGGACUCAUCAUACAGGCGGUGCGCGUGACAAAGCCCAACAUCCCAGAGAGCAUUCGGCGAAACUAUGAGCUCAUGGAGAGCGAGAAGACCAAGCUGUUGAUCUCUGCACAGACACAGAAGGUUGUGGAGAAGGAGGCAGAGACCGAAAGGAUCAAAGCUGUGAUAGAGGCUGAGAAAUUGGCACAAGUGGCAGAGAUCAAGUUUGAACAGAAAGUCAUGGAGAAGGAAACGGAGAAAAAGAUUUCUCAAAUUGAAGAUGGGGCUUUUCUGGCCCGGAUGAAAGCCAGGGCAGAUGCAGACUUCUAUACAGCUCAGAGAGCCGCCGAGGCCAAUAAGAUGAAGUUAACACCAGAGUACCUGCAGCUAAUGAAGUACAAGGCCAUCGCAGCCAACAGUAAGAUCUACUUUGGGAACGACAUACCCCAGAUGUUUGUGGACUCUGGCUCUGCAGGGAGCUCCAUGAAAGUCUCUGCAGCCAUGGACAUUAUGGCUGAGCAGAUCCUGGACAUGGAUUAAGUAGUGGGACGCACAGGACCACCCGGGGGUGGAGGACUGUCUGUUGGAGGGCAGUAGCCUGACCCACAGGCUGCCAGGUUCACCUUCUGACUCAGAGAAGUUCAGCUGACAAGGGCCGGCAUUUCUCAAAUAUCUCUGAAUCACUGCUAGAAGCCAUGUUAAAAGUUCAUUAGAAAGUUGAAAAAAUCACUAUAAAUAAAAAUUCCUCUUCCUCAGAGAAGAGCACCGGAGAUAUUUAACUAUUCCCUUUGUUCUGAUUAGGAAUGGCACCAUCUAAUCAGAACCAUAAUAUAGCUGGGGGAAAAACUAGAUGAUAUAGCAUCACCCAUGGAUGACAAGCCCCUGUAAAACUAACAUUAGCCAACGCAGCAACUUUUUAUUUUAGUAAUUUAGCCUAUGCACAGCUUUAUUUGGCCCAUGUGGCAAGUGUACCGACUUACAACCAAACCGAAAUCUCUCACUGCUUGUGUGUUAAACUGUGUUAUCCAUCAUGUGACGUGUUCUAAUUUAGCAUUAAAGUAGUGAUAUUUGUUA